AAUAAGUUUAAAUACAUUACAAUCUUAUUCUAUUAAUAUAUCAAUUAUUUUCCUUCACAGAAUGUUGUCGAGGCAGUUUGCUCGUAAUGUUCAAUUGCGUGUAACAACACGUUGCUUUACUCGUAGCAAUGUUAUACGAGAAACUAAUAAAGACAAAAUUCCUGCACAAAAAAGCAGUGAAAAUGAUGGUGUGAUAGGAUCACGCAUGCAUCGUGUAAGUGAUUUUGACAAGAGAAUGCUAGUUUGGGUAAAACGAUAUCCAAGCGUUGCAGAUGUUCCUAAGGAUGUUACAGAAGACUGUAUACUUUCUGCAAGAAAUAAAGCACGAAUCAAGACCUGUAAUUAUAUGAUUGCUUUUACCCUAAUUGGUUGCCUAAUCUCUGUAAUACUUGGUAAAAGAGAUGCUGCAAAAGGAGAAAAUUUAAUUAAACAACGAGAUGAUUGGCUUCGGGACCGAUUGGCAGAAGAUAAAAAUAAAUAGAUAUAUAAAUACUCAGGGAAUGUAGAAGUCUUUAGGAUAUAUUUUCUGAGAAGCCCAGACGGAUAUUAUAUUAUCGACUGUCAUUAUUUUAAAAUGAUAUUUCCACAUGAUAUUUCUCACAAAACAAUUAAAUAUUUCGUUUCGAUCGCUUUAAUGAUUUGUACUUGUAAUAUACAAGGCUGUUAAAAACGACAAUCUUUCGUAACAACAAAGCAAUAAGAUACAUUUUAUGUAUGUACAGAUAUUUACUCUGUAAAAUUAUGUAUUUUAUUUACAUUUAGAUCAUCGAUUUAUAUAUACUGUAUGUAAUGAAUGUCUGAUUCUCAUUAUUAGAUUUAGUAAGCAUUUCAAUUGCUUGUACAAUAUAAAAUAUCUAAAUAUACAGUCUCAAUAA